CCACUCGCACUCGCAGUUCGUUCGUUUAUAUAAAAACACUAAAGUUCUGGAGGACAAUUUUUUCUUUGCACGUUUCUCAUGAUCAUUUUUUAAAAGCUCUAUUUAAUUUCAUCGAUAAGUGGGAGCUCACUUACCUUUUCCGGUGACGUUGUUGGAUCAGUGGAGAUGAUUUUCGCCCGUUUAGAAGAUAUCGACAGGACUCUGUUGAGCUUUGAAAGUCUAGACAGAGCAUCACCAGAACUUUGGCCUGAGCAAAUUCCAGGUGUUUCUGAUUUUGCUCCCAUGAAAAGUCCCCUGGGUAACACACAAACUGCAGAGGCACAGCCGUGGGAAGCAGACCUGGAACAGAAUGACAUUGAUAUGCUGAAUGAGCUUGGCAGUCUUACCACAGCCAACCUGAUGGAAAAGGUCAAAGGGCUACAAAAUCUAGCUUACCAACUUGGCUUAGAAGAGUCUCGAGAGAUGACAAGAGGCAAAUUCCUGAACAUCCUGGUGAAUGGAACAAAAAGGAAGUGAACCUUGCACGAACCCCUCGACAGUCUUCCAUUGAAGAACCCUUCUUUAUUUCAUUUCAUUUAUUCUGGUUUUGAAGCCAAGGACUCUCAGAAAAGAGACAUUAAUUGCUAAUACUAGGCAAGAAGGAAGUUUCAGUUUUAAAAGUGGGAGGAAAACCUCAGAGAAGUAAUAUUCUAGGGAAAACCCACGCAGUCAGUUGAGGACUGAAAGUCCAAUCCAAAUAGUGCCCAGAUUGUUAAGAUUGUGUAUCACCAGGGCAAAUUGCUCAGGAAAAAAAAAAUAACAGGAUGUCCUUAGCUACUUGUGCUCAAGCGGCGCUUUGAAAUUGGGCCUUCCUGAAGGACAAAACCAAAUCAUAUCUUCUGAAUCUUGAGCCAAAAUAUUUCACAAUUCAUUUUCUCAGGGGAGGUUUUGUUUUUUACAAAUUGCUGUGCCAUUUCUGAAUAAUACUCUCACUCAACAGUCACAAAAGAGUCAUAAAAAACAUAUCUUAUCGUGAUGGUGUAACAUUAUUUAGAACAGAAAGACAACAAAUUAAGGAACCUCAAGAAGUUGAUUACAUUUUGAACUACUUAUGAUUUUAAAUUUCUUAUUGAAAUUAAUUUGAAAAAGUGUCCAGUCUUAAAAAUGUAUAUUGUAAAUAAUUCAAUUUUAACGAAGUCGGUUCAGGUAAAUACCUGACAUAAAUGUGCUCACGGUAAAAAAUUAACGUUGUCAAUAAUUUUGUGGGUGGAAGGGCCUUGCAGUACAAGUAAAACAAAAUAUCAUGAUCAAAUCACAUCAAAUCAUGAUCUAAAUGACAUUUAGGCAACUUUUGGGGUCUGAGAAACUGUUUAGCUCAUAUUUACAUCUCUACAUCACCAAAAUGCAAUUAAAACAAUAACCUUUUAUAUCACUACAAAGUAUCAUACUUUGCCUUCCUUGAGAAUAAAAUGUUUACCCUUUUUUACCAAAUUUGUGAUUAGGGCCAACAUCGGUAUUUUCAUAUCUAGUUAGAAAAACUUUGGGGGUCUGAACAAAUGUUUUUAAAUGUACGACUCCAAACAACAAAAAGGUAAAAAUGUUGCAUAAAACCUUGACAAGGAGUAUAAAAAAUACUUUGAUAGGAACCCAAAACUCAAAACUCACAGACUUUUGUACAAACGUAAAGGGUAGUCAAAUGUCAUGUCAAAAAUGUACUCUCUGUACCAUGCAUCACUGGCCUUGUCCAGUUGUGAGUUUGCUGGCCCGACAUGUGGUCCAGUGUUAAUUUCGAGCCCUGCCAUUUCCACACACUGGCCAAUACCAAGGAACUAUAACAUAAAGAAUUCCUGGGAAAGGUUUAAGUUCACAAGGCAGUUACAGGUUGUACGGUUUCUGACUGAUGCCCCCGAAAAAAAUAUGGAGCCUGUUAUAAGGGCUAGAUAGCUCAGUUGGUAGAGUCACUGAGUGCCGGCACAUUAAUCUGGAGGUCGCAUGUUCAAAUCCUGCUCUAGUCCAUUUUUCUUUGCUCAACCCAAAACUUUCCGAAUCUUCAUUUGGCCUGUUUCCCAUGGUUUUAUUACUUUGUAAAUAAAAAAUAAUUUGUACAUUAGA